AUGCGAGAAGAUAACGAAAUAAACGCUCUCGAGUUGGCGAAUGAGCUGUAUAAUACAUUUGGCGUGGCAGUUUCUUCUACCACCAUCAAUCGCGAGAAAGUAAAAAUGGGAUGGGUGAGAUCGGGAGUUGUGAGAUUCCGUAAUGUUCAUCUCGUAAAACCUGUUAAUAAACCGAAGAGAUUCAAGUGGAGUGCCCAUAUGAUAAUUGCCGAAGAGGAGUUUGAAAAUGUGGUAUUUACCGGUGCAACUAAAAUAGAAAUGAGAUGGGCUAGCGAUAUGUCGACAACGAAGAUAAAAAGGCCAGCAGAAGUGAUUCACCCAAUUAGCGUUAUGAUUUGGACUGGAAUUUCAAGAAAAGGAGCGACGAAGAUAUGUAUAUUUAACGAAGAAAUGGACAGUGAAAGAUACCAGGCUAUCCUGAACGAUCACCUGUUACCGUACUUGGCGCACCAAGACAUGAUCACCGACCACCGACUGAUGCAAAAUCCCGACGACCCUAACUACACAUCAUGCUCGACUGUUAGAUGGAUGAAAGACUAUGGUGUGAACUGGUGGCCGACACCUUCAGAGAGCCCCGAUAUUAACCCGAAUGAAGACAUCUGGCACGACCUGAAGAAAUAUCUCGCCCGACGUAAACCAAUGACGAAAGAAGAGCUAGUUGACAGCAUUGAUUACUGGUGGACUCAAGUUAUGACCGUCAAGAAAUGCAAUGAAUACAUAGAUCUCCUGUUUUAUAUCACGAUGCACAUUAUCCUAAAAAACGGAGAGGCUACAGGCAUGUAA